UUGAUUUUUAUCUGGAUUAUUUCAAUUUUUUUCGUUGCCUAAAUAAGAAUGAAAAAUAGAUAUUCAUCAUAAAUUGAAUAUCACAUGCAAUAGACCAGUUGAUACAAAUGUAUAUGUAUAUAUACAUAUAUAUUUCAGUCUAACUAGUAAACUGAUUUAAAACCGUUACAAUUAUGUAACUAAUAAUGUACCCAAUCGAUUUGUUCAAAUGUUGUUUCUUGAUAAUAAUAAACUUUAAUUUGGUAAUUAUUUUAUAAAACUGUAGUGAAUAGAACACGGGUGGGGAAAAUCGAAUUUACUUGACACAAAAUUACAGGACUUGUUAAAUAAAAUCUAACAAUCAUGGAUUAAAUGCUUAAUUUGCAAAAUGUCCAUCAAUUGUCUCAAAAUGACUCAGACUUCAUUGUUCCCGCAUUUUCAUACAAAUUGCAUUCUGUUUCCAUUCUUUACUGUUCGAUCCUCUUGUUUCUCUGCUGCCAGACAUUCUGUUCACGACUAACAUCAUAUACUAUUUGUGUCUACAUAAGUAGCACACACCACAUAACCAUUAGACUAGUCUUAACAAAAUGUAUUAAAAUAUAUAUUUCUAUUCUGUUUAUAAUCAAUACAAAACUAGAAGUCCCAUAAUAGGACAAAAUAGCCGUCCAGUGUUUUCAAGUUUUCCAUUGUCAUCUAGCUUCAAUUGACUCAUGAUCUCAACUAUUGAAAUUACAAAACUAAGUAUAGAAUAGAAGUAUUUUUAAUUACCAACAAUAUUAUCACUUUUAUAAGUCCUUAGAAAUUUUAACCAUGAUAAAUUUUGAACUUUAAAUUCCUUCAGUUUUGAAUUAUAUCCAUAAAUGAUAUGUAAAGUACUUUUAGAAGUACUUUGACCAUCUUUCAUUCAUUUAUUGAAUAAUACAAUUUUCCAUAAAAAGAUUUUUUUCAUUUAAGAGGAUUUGACUAUCAAGGGUGUGAUUGACAAUUAGCUUAUUAUAUUUUGCCAAAAAAAACAAAAAACAAACAAAAAUCUAGAUAAUUGUACUAUUGUUUAUUAGUUGGGCGUGAUUUACAUUAACUAUCCAAUCCGUUAGAUAUAAAAAGUUAUUUGUCUUGAUUAAUAUUCAGUUUGAGCUAUUUAAAAAUAGGAAAGCCUUCAAUUAGAUUCUAGAUAUUUUCUUCUGACUAACAUGAUAAGAACGAGAAUAAUAUGCACAUAUGAAGUCAACCUAUACCCUUUAGUUACAAUGGAGAAGUAGUUUUAGAAUGGAUGUAAAUGAAGACAAUGUAUAUGCAUUAAGUAUUGUCCAUACUAAAAAUCAUUAUACAUGUAAUUAAUGUGGAAAUGACGUAAAUUUCGAAGCUUAUGAUGUUUUAUUUAAGAGCUUAUCGUGGUUUAUAUUCAUCUAAAGUUAUCAAAACUACUCAAUUUAUAAUUCCAUCUUGCUUUUUUUGGUAAUAUGUAGUUUCAUUUUAAGAUAGAUUUAGUAAAAUAAGUAACACACUUCCUUUUUGCCACAAAUUUGAUAGAUUGAAUAUAGCUCAGGUUAAAUAUGCUGAAGGAAAUUUGUAUUUUUACUAUUCAAAAAUCUGUCCUCAAAUCAUUUAUUUACAUUUUUAUAUCCAGAAAUCGAGAUUGGUACUUGUGCAGCAUAUGCAACAGUUAUUUGAAACACAGAAGAUGAAAUCAAAAGACGAAAACCUUUAUCAAGAGACUGACAAUCAUAGUUGCUAUGAAUGUCGUGAAAAUAUUUCACAUCAUCUCGUUGAUAACACACCAAAUCUCCAUACAUCUUCACGAUUAUCUCAUACAAUAAAACAUUAUUCCGACAAAUUUCCAUUGAAUUCAAACAUGGUGAGAUUAUUGGUUGAUCGUGAAUGUCAAACCAAUUUCAAUGCACAAUCCGAGGGAAAACUGACUAAUAAUAGGUUAGAUCAUGAGUUUUGUUUACCAACAUUCAUGAAACAUAACUCCUUACCUACUUAUUCUAAUAAUGAUAGUUGUAAUUACGCUGAUAAUGUGAUUUCAAAUACUACAUCCAAUGUUUCAGCAUUGGCAAUGAUAGCAGCAAUGACAGCGGCUACAAUCUUUAAACGAACAUUUCAACAAUCCGUUUGUCAAGUACCUAACACGAAUUCAGAUAAUGUUUAUAACCAAGGCUUUGGACAAAAAAACGAUUCUGCAUUUAAUUCAUCAAUAUCCUCUAUGGAAUCACAGUAUUGGUCCGAGUUACGCAAUUGUACCUCUGUCAAGAAAGAUGAUUCAAAUGAAUGUCUUAAAGAUGACUAUCAAUUCUACAAUCAGACUACUUUCAGCCAGCCUUCCUGCAUCAGUAAUAGAGCAGAUCUACUUCCACCUCCUCAUUCUGCACCAAGUUCUACUUCAUACUACUUAGAUAAUAUAGAUCUAUUUCCAUCUAUCUCUUCUUCAGAUACGAGUAAAAUACUGAACAGCGGCUUACUAAUUCCAGCUAUAUCACGUGAAACGACACUAACAAACCCAUUAGAAUCUACUUAUUUUCAUGAUAUCCCAAAAUGCAUGAGAAUUCCUGACCUUAAUUCAUCCAAAACCUGUGAAACAGAGCAAAUGAAAGGUUAUGAACGGAAAGAAUCCAAAUCAACAAACUCCUUAGAUAAUAAUGAAAUGCACUAUAACUCUCGAUUGGCAACUUCCAGCAGGACACGUGAAAGAUUUUCUGAUCGUAUAUUACAAGCUCGGCAAGCGAUUGACAAGUGGAAUUUUCAAAAACACUGUGAGAUAAGCGAUAGGGUAAACCAACGGGAAAAUCACGUCACUGAAAUAAACAAACAAUUAAACGUAGUGAAUGAAAAAUCAGUUAAUGAUCAGUGCUAUUCUCAACAAAGUCCUCUGUUAAACAAAUCCACUUUUUGCAAAGAAUUCUACUUAGCUCCCAAUUUCGUGCCUUUAACAGUUUCUUCAAGGACUAAUACUUCUAACGAAUGUCCUGUCCAAUGUGUAGCAACUAUUACAAAAAAUAUAUAUUCAGAGAGAAGUCCUCCCAAAGCUACAUUUACAAACUCUCACCCUAAUUUAUCAAAACCAAUGCCAAUUCAAAUCGUUAAACCAGCAAUUAGAAAUCAUGUACAUAUUACAAAUGCGAAUGACAGUGUUAAAGAAUUACCUGUAAAAACUGAGAACUUAAUUAUAGAUAAUAAAGAAAUUCAAACACAUCGUUCACAGCAACAUGAAAAUCGUAGCGUUUGCAAAUAUAAGGACAAAAAAGGAAUCAGUGAUAAACGACAAAUUAAAGGCGUGCUGAUAAAUGAAAGUUCUAAGUCUGAAAGAAGUAACAAAACAAAUAGAAAUUCUAGUACACAGCGCAGUGUAGCAUGGGUUGACGAAGUCUUAUCACAUCCAUUGUCUAACAGUAUUAAACCUGACACAAAUGCCGAUUUGGUGCCUCAAAAUGAUGUAUCUAAUAACAAUUGUAGUGAGAGACUUAACAAAUAUUCCAACCAAAAUAAUGAUAAAAAUAUAAAUGUGAAAAAAAAUAUUGAAACACAUCAACCAAUUAAAACAAUAGUAUCAAAUGUAGUAACAACUUCAUCGCGUCGACUACUUCCAACUCCAAGUAACAAUAUAAUGAACAUUAAUUAAUUGGUCAGAUAAAAUUCCAAAACUCUAUUUUUGAUAUUUUAACUUAUUUUAUUAUUCAGAUAAAUGGGAAUAAUUAUAAAGUUAUUUAACAUUUACUGAUCUAUUCAUUUUGAGUUCUAGUAUUCAGAUUGAAUCAUAUAACUUAUAACAAAUAGUAUUAAUAUUCACUGUACUAGUAUGAAGUAUACUUUUAAAAAAAUAUAUAAAACAGUCAAUUUUUUUGUUAA